AUGCUGAAGGCUGGUGUCCUGGUGCUGGUCGUGCUGUUCGGCCUCGAGAAGGCGGAUGUUGGGUGCCCGGGGCGUGAAGAGCCCUGCCGGGGUUGCGGGGGAGAUUUCUGGGAGCCACCAAAAGUGGAAGUAUACUCCUGCAACCAUGGUCAGCAGAACAACACCCUCAGCUGCUUUGUUAGUAGCUUCCACCCACCCAAGAUCGACAUCACCCUCCUGAAGAAUGGGGAGCCCCUGAGUGAUGUGCAGUACACAGACAUGGCCUUCAGUGAUAAGUGGUAUUUCCAGCAACAGGCAUAUGCACCCUUUGUCCCCCAGAAGGGUGACAUCUACACUUGCAGUGUGGCCCAUUCCACCUUCAAGGAACCACAGACCUUCCAAUGGGACAAAGAUUUCUAA